GCAAAACAAAACUACCGCCAGAAGCUGUUCAUCCAAUGAAAUUAAGUACCAUCUAUCAAAGAAUUGAAUCCAAGGAGAUAACUCUGUGUAAAAAUAGACUUUACCAUUCUGGUAAUCAAUCCAAUCUAGUGAAUCGUCAUUGAUUCUUUUACCGUUUUACAAUCACUAGACUCAAGAAAAACUGUAGUUUUAAGCAUUUUAUGAUAAAAUGUUGAUCAAUGAAAUUCCCAAUGAUUGUUUGCUAGCCAUUUUUGAUUAUAUGGUUGACCUGGCUGAUUUAAUAAGCUGCUAUAAAGUGUGCGUUAAAUGGAGCCAUUUAAUUGCUAAGCGGACUAAAAAAGUUAAAUAUUUGCUCGAUCAGCGUGGUUAUUCAUCUGAUGCUGUUUAUUAUCCAAGACCAUGUUUGUUCGAUGCAACCUACCUGAGUAAAUUAUUUACAAAUUUAACAAUCGCUGAUUUGUCUAUCAAGUUGAAUUUUGAAGUAGAAAAUGUUAUUCAAUUUGUCACCAAACAAAAAUGUUUGAAAGGAUUAAUCAAUCCACUCGACGAACCAAUAGAAAAAUAUUGUGAUAAUCUCGAAAUGCUAUCUGUCGAUGAUUUCAAUCCAAACAAUUUACGAAAUGGUUCCAGCAUAAAGCAAUUGGAAAUUUUUAGUUAUAGGUUAGAGCAUUUGAAAAGAGAUGUUCAUUUGUUCCCAAACCUUGAAAGACUAAAGAUUAAGAUUAUUGUUCCAGACAAUCCCUACGAUGGUCCAGUAUUGGAAAAGCUCAAAAUACUUGAGAUGGCCUUCCGUCGUCCCUGUAAUAACAUUUUUUAUGGUUUCCAGUUAAUGGAUUUUUGUCCAAAUUUACAAAGCGCACAUAUUUUAAUGUGCGCUGAUACUUGGGUUUUUGACGAAACAUUGAAACACAAUAGUUUACAAGAUUUAGUUUUACAAUUUUAUGGAUACGAAAAUGAUAACUGGAAUAAUUUAAAAAGAUUGUUUAUGAAGUAUCCGAAUCUCAAACAUCUUUCGUUGAGGUGCCGUCAGGUUAUAACAGAUUCACAUAUCGAGCAAUUGGUUCGUAUUUUACCCAAUUUAGUGCUAUUGGAUGUUAGUGAAUGUCAGGAAGUCACUCAAAGAGCUGCUGAUUAUGUUAAAGACUAUUGUAAAGGAUAUGGAAGAUCAAUCAAAUUUUACUACAAUGGGAAUCACACUGAAAUCAAAUCAUAUCGGCCUCAGUUAUUCAGUGAACGCGAAUUGCUCACUCGAGGCUUUGAUUUCAUGAAAAAUUGUUUUUUCAGAGACCAUAUACAUCUGUCACUUUUCUUGAUUCCAAUUGAUUAUUGAAAAUUCCUUAUUAAUAUAUUUGUUAUUUUGUACCCCGAAAGCCCAUUCAAAGAGUUUCAACUUAA